CCAGAUAAGAACUGACCCAAACGUGUUUCUCAUUCACUCUGAUAAUUGGCAGCAUUUUGGAGCACUAGUGAGGACCCUGGCUCAGAGAAAUACAUUCCUGGUCAGUGUGAUGGAAGAGUUUCAGACCACUGACUCUUUUCGAUAUGAACUUGAAGAUUUCAUUAGAAAGCAGAAAGCCAGAGGAUUACAACCCAAUGUCUGCUUCAGAAAGAUGGCAGAGGAUUCUAUUUACCAAAAGAGAGACUGUGUCAGCCCUGGAGUUCCAGAGCUGGGGUUACCAUUCUGGUUCAGAAACUACUCCAGAUACUCUCCUUAUAAAAGUCUGACAGUGGAAAACCAGAUACCUUACUACAGACAAAGACUGGAAUCUCUAAAACAUUGUCUGAAAAACCAGCCAGUCAGUCAAGACAGAAAGGAGAGGAUAAGGCUCCAGAAGGAAGGAGGAGCCACCACUCAGGAGCCAGGGAUACCCAGGGGGAAACUCUUCAGAGGUUCAUGCAGAGAAGAUAGCCUCAGCAGAAGGAAGGUCUCAGCAGAGCCAAGGGAUACAGAGAAGUCUAAGCACAGAAAGGAGAACCACCAUAAUGGGAGAGAUUCCACCAAAGGCAGACACAGGUCCCACCGAAAGAAGAAGGAACCGGAGGAGAGGGAUUUGUGGGAUGAAGCUAUCCUGGGCAGUCGCUACUGA